AUGAAAAACCCAUUCACAAACAAAGAAAAGGGCGUCAGCAAAGGCGGCAAAUCACCACCUCUAACCGACUUCUCAACCGGCAGCGACGAGCACGAAAAGCGACGAAGCAGUUCAUUCGACGAAUCCAAGAUACCCUGGGUGACAUGGCGAUCACUGACACUGGGCGCUUUUGUAUCGAUCGGCGGUAUUAUCUUCGGAUAUGACACGGGCCAGAUCUCGGGGUUUCUGGAGAUGAAAAAUUACAAGGAAAGAUAUGCUCAGCUUAAGUCUGAUGGGUCUUAUGAGUUUAGUAAUGUUCGGUCUGGGUUGAUUGUUUCUAUGCUCUCAAUCGGCACACUGAUCGGAGCUCUCAUCGCCGGACCCCUAGCCGACCGAAUUGGUCGCAAAUGGUCAAUUUUCUCUUGGUGCAUCAUUCUACACAUUGGAUUGAUUAUUCAAAUUACCUCACCAGCUGGAAAAUGGUAUCAAAUGAUGAUGGGUCGAUUCGUGACUGGUUUCGGUGUCGGUGCGUGCUCGUUAUUAGUACCCAUGUAUCAGGGUGAGAUUUCACCUAGACAUAUUCGUGGUGCUAUGGUUUGUUCCUACCAACUCUUCGUAACCCUCGGCAUCUUCGUCGCAUACUGCAUAAACUUCGGCACCGAAAAACUCGACAACACCGCCAGCUGGCGAAUCCCACUCGGAAUAACAUUUCUCUGGGGCCUGCUAUUGGGAUUUGGAAUUCUUUUAUUCCCCGAAAGUCCCCGCUAUGACUAUCGGAACGGUCGAGCCGAGACCGCUAAAAAGACAAUGUCGAAACUCUACGGCGUGCCGCAAAAUCACCGCGUUAUCGUGCACGAGUUCCUAGAGAUUCAGGAACAGCAGGAAGCUGAGAAGGGGUCUAAGGGUGGUUGGCAUGGGUGGAUUGAGAUGUUUCAGGCGCCCCGGAUGCCGUAUCGGAUUGCUUUGGGUGUCGUGCUUCAGAUGUUUCAGCAGUUGACUGGUGCUAAUUAUUUCUUCUACUAUGGCACCGUAAUCUUCAACGGCGCCGGAAUAAGCAACACAUACGUAACCCAAAUGAUUCUCGGCGGAGUGAACUUCGGCACAACCUUCGGCGGCUUAUAUGUAAUCGAGCACUUCGGCCGACGCAAAUCACUCAUAACCGGCGGAAUCUGGAUGUUCAUCUGUUUCCUAAUCUUCGCCUCCGUGGGCCACUUCAGUCUCGACAUCGAAACGCCCGCCAACACCCCCGGAGCGGGAACGGCAAUGGUCGUCUUCGCCUGUCUCUUCAUCACCGGGUUCGCCAUGACCUGGGGCCCGAUGGUGUGGGCAAUCGUCGCAGAAUUGUACCCGAGUCGAUACCGCGCUCGCGCAAUGGCCAUGGCAACAGCAUCGAAUUGGCUCUGGAACUUUUUGAUUGGGUUCUUUACCCCGUUUAUUACGCAUGAUAUUGAUUUUGCGUAUGGGUAUGUUUUUGCGGGAUGUUUGUUUUUCGCCGUUCUUACGGUGUUUUUCUUUGUUAUUGAGGGUAAGGAUAAGACUCUUGAAGAGAUGGAUAUGAUGUAUGUUAUGCGGGUUAAGCCUUGGGAGAGUAGUAAGUGGGAGCCGCCGGCGCCGGAGCACCAACUUACUACGGCUCAGCUUAUGGAUCGUGGGGUGGCGGAGGGAUUUGAUCGGGAAGAAGGGGUGGCUACGAAUAAUAAGCAGGCGGAGGAGCCGAUUCAUAUGCAUGAGGAGGAUGCUGCUGCUGCUGUUGCUGGGCCUUCGACUGGUUAG